UAAUAGUUUCUAGAGUCCAUAAUAAAAACAAAAAGUGAUUGAUAUGAUUCGACCAUUUUAAAAAGGAUUUCUCCAGCACUGUGAUGUUGAAAAUUAUAACGACAAAGUAUACUAUCAAGCCUACUUCUACUCCUGCUUGUUGGAUUUUAGAUAUUCGCAAUUUGGUUUGCAUUCUGACACCAUUUUUCAUCUUAUUCUUCCGUAUAAUCAGUUACGUCCUUUAAUUUUGGUACCUAAAUACUUAAUUUGCGGUAGACUGUAUUAUACUGAAAUUUAGCUGAUUCAAAACUCAAGAUAUGCUGGGAGCGUUAGACAGGACGCAAGUAGUAGCUUUAAAGGUGAUUUUUACAGAUACUUUCUCAAUCUGACAAAUCCAUCAUUAAGAAUUGUCGUAGUGACACUACACUAUAUCGUGACUAUUAAUCUAGAUAAUAUUAUGUCUCCCGAUGAAGCCUCAAAAUUACCGAAACCAACCUUGAUGGAGAAUUUUCUUCACAAUGCCCUUCUUAUGACAGAGAUUGGUAUUGACCUCAAAGAUAGAUUCAUAGCGGGUGAAAAGUAUAUCAAUCAAUUGAGAAGCAUUCUACUGGGAGCAGAUAAGGCCAUUUCAGCGCUUUAUUUAAUAUCUAAGAGUUCCCUAGAACAAGCACAACAUAUUUUAUCAUCAAUGAUCCAAACAGAUAUUCCCAAUACUGCCUUUAAACAAGAAUGCGACCGAUUGUUAGGCAUAGUAGAAAAGCAGCUUCUAGAAUUAAAACUGAAGAACUCUGAGGCAAGUUGUACUAACUUGGACCUAGAACAGCUCUCCGAGAAGAUACGAUAUCUAGAAUCCAAGCAAAAGAAUCUAGAGGCAAUCAUUAGUCCACAUACAUCUAGCAGUAAGAACAUUAAAGCUGAUAUAAAUGAAAAGUAUCCGGAAAAUCUAUCUAGGGAAUCACUAAUCGACUUGAAUACAGUGGUGAACCUUCCUCCUGUACCUGAAGACAUAUUUACAAGUUUUAACAACAAACCCAAAAGAUCCUCAAGCUUAUCUUCACUGAAAAGCAUGCGGAAAAUAAAGAUGUUCUUGCAGAGAGCCGAAAGUUCCGAUGAUGAAGAUAGCUCGGAAAAUGAUGAGCGAGAUUAUCCUAGAUCAUUUUAUGGUGACAGCGAAGACGGAAAACUGCCCAGUCCCCACAGUCCAAUAUCCAAGAAGAUGUUGGGUAACAUAAAAGAGGAAACUCACGAUUAGAAAAAUCACUUUAAUAAAUAUACCAAUAAAAAUUACAAAACAUUGCUACUCAGGUCUAGAACGAAUCAUUAAAGCUAAUGUUCCCGAAACCUUGCGUUGGGUAGUUAUGCCUAACAGGUAUUUCAUCUUUUCGCAACGCCUUUAUGCAUUUGUAGAACAGGAAAAACACGAUCAAAAAUAUAAAAUAUACUUCAAUUCUGUAUCCAAACAGCCAGGCAAGAAAUGCUCCAAUGCAAAGGUAAGUUAGGAAUCUGUAACU